AUGACGGAAUUAAACGUUGUGGAGGAGGCCACGGUAGACAGCGCGGAGGAUAAAACUCCAAUUUUGGCAGAAGACCCAGAAAGGGCUACGGGGGUCAUAUACUUGGCUUCAAUACCACCCCGGUUUACGAAAAGGAGGAUAAAUGAGUAUUUUUCUAAUUUCGGACAAGUUGGCAGGAUUUACCUUCAAGUAAGAUUAUUUGUGAUUUUCGUAUCUCAGUUUUAGAUAGAUAGAAAGUCGACAAAAGUGCGGAAAUAUACUGAAGGAUGGGUAGAGUUCAAAAAGAAAAAGAUUGCAAAAAAAGCUGCUCUCAUGUUGAACAAACAGCAAGUCGGCGGGAAACAUAGAAGUCCAGCAUUCGACUGUCUGUGGACGAUAAAGUAUCUCCAUGGGUGAGCGUGUAAUUUGUACUUUUCAAAAAAAUAUUCUUUUAGUUUUAAAUGGUCCAAUCUGGUUGAGCAACUUAAUUACGAAAGAAAUAUCGAAGACCAACGUCUGCGAAUAGAGCUUGCCCAAGCCAGAAAUGAGGGAAAGCAUUUCGUUGAACAAGUCGAAAAGAGCGGACGUAUUAGGAAUCUGGAGAAAACCGUAAGUAUUCUACGUUCCCGACUUUUCGGGCCGGCGGCAGUUUGGGUCAACAAAAUUGAUGGAUACGCGGCGUAGGGCAGGCGAAGACACAGGAAAAGGUCGUAGCAGGCGCCUUUUUUUGAAUUUUCGCUAUAGUUGCCUUGUUUUCUUGACUCUUAGUUGCUGUACGACAAAGCUGCUCCAAACGCGAACAUCCAUAAGUUUUUUCGGUAUAUUAUAAUAGCUGUAAAAAAAUGUGAAAUACCCUGUCGUUGACCCGGACUGUCACCGAUAUACAUGGCUCCAGGGCUGGGCCGAACCAAGUUUGAGACGCGACAGGCCGAACACCUUCGGCCCGGCGAAUUGAGCUGACAAGGAAAGUACUUUUAUGGGGGCUCCUACUUUUUGACGGGACAUAUCUCAAAAAAUCAGAAAAAAUGUGCUGAUCAAGGAUAUAUAAAUCCUAGCUGCCCAUUUUAGGUUUUUAGGGGUGAAAAUGCUCAAAAACUGGCUUAAUUUCCCUACAAAAGGCGCAGGCAUUCGAAACGAUAAAAAGCGCAGUCGGUCUCUUCCUUCGGAAGAGAGCGGUGUGGCUGAGUGGCUAGCGCGGUAGUCUGGGAAUCAAGAGGGGGAGCGCCCCACGGGUUCGAUUUCCCUUUUGGACUGAAUCAACUUUUUUUGAAGAUGAAGGUCGGAAAAAUAAAUUUUUGUGCCAAGACUGUUUUAUUACGUCUUAGAAACUCAAUAAACAUCAUGUUAAGUCAAAAUAAAAAUUGUAAACCUGUGAAAAAUUAAGCGAAAAGGGGUUCAUAUAGGACUUUAAGUCAACUUCCGAUUGAGUUUUCAUCCCUAAAAACCUAAAAUGGGCAGCUAAGAUUUAUAUAUCCUUGAUCAGAACAUUUUUUUCUGAUUUUUUGACAAGGAAAGUACUUUUAUGGGGGCUCCUACUUUUUGACGGGACAUAUCUCAAAAAAUCAGAAAAAAUGUGCUGAUCAAGGAUAUAUAAAUCUUAGCUGCCCAUUUUAGGUUUUUAUGGGUGAAAAUGCCCAAAAACUGGCUUAAUUUCCCUACAAAAGGCACAGGCAUUCGAAACGAUAAAAAGCGCAUUCGGUCUCUUCCUUCAGAAGAGAGCGGUGUGGCCGAGUGGUUAGUGCCGUAGUCCGGGAAUCAAGAGGGAGGACGCCGCACGGGUUCGAUUUCCCUUUUGGGCUGAAUCAACUUUUUUUGAAGUUGAAGGUCGGAAAAAUAAAUUUUUGGGCCAAGACUGAUUUAUUACGUCUUAGAAACUCAAUAAACAUCAUUUUAAGCCAAAAUAAAAAUUGUAAACCUGUGAAAAAUGAAGCGAAAAGGGGUUCAUACAGGACUUUAAGUCAACUUCCGAUUGAGUUUUCACCCCUAAAAACCUAAAAUGGGCAGCUAAGAUUUAUAUAUCCUUGAUCAGCACAUUUUUUCUGAUUUUUUGAGAUAUGUCCCGUCAAAAAGUAGGAGCCCCCAUAAAAGUACUUUCCUUGUGAAAAAAAUGAAGAGAAAAUUUUUCGUAAAUGUACUAAAUGAUGGCUAAAGCAAAGUUGGGUUGAAUUAGUAGCCUUAAAAACAUACUGACUGUUUCAGGUCGCCGACAAGGGAGGCAAUUGGACAACUAAACAAAGUCGGGAAAUAAGGGUAAAGAAGACAAUAAAGAAGAAAAAGAACAAUAAAUCUCUGAAGCCCAAAGAAGAAAGUCAGUUGCUCGACUCCAUAUUUGGCUAA